UUUAAAAGGAUUUAUAUAAUAAAAAAUACUUAUUUUUAAAAUGACCCGUGGAAAUCAAAGAGAAAAUGAUAGACUUAGAGCUCAAAAAAAACAAGAAAUGACAAAAAAGAAAAAGAAAUGCGAAACGAAUUUUAAGAAUUCCUUGGAACAACAAGCAGAAAUUAUGAGACAGAAACAAAAACUUCAUGAUGAAAAAAAAUUAAUGCAAAGUAUAAAUAAUAAUAAUAAUAAAAACUAG